AUGCUCAGAGGACCGAAAUGGGACUGGUCACAGUGGACCACGAAUCCUUACUAUGCGAUGGUAAUCUUCAUCAUUGCAUGUGGCAGCAUCCCCAAAGGUUAUGACGAAGGUGGCUAUAGUGCCAGUGUGAAACUACCCUCGUUCGCUGCCGACUUCAACCUCGUCGAAUCCAACUGGACUCAUGAUAAGUCUGGCCUGGCCAACCGCAAGGCCAACAUCACCUCCUUCAAUGUUCUGGGAGCGGCCUUUGGCGCCUUGUUUGCCCUAUACUUGAACGAUCGUCUGGGUCGCCUGCACUCCUGGAGAUUGUCCUGCGUGGUAUGGGCAAGCGGCAUGUUCAUCCAGGUGUUCUCCUCUGGGAUCUAUGGAUUGUUGCUCUUUGCAAGGAUCUGGAGCGGACUAGGGGCCGGAGCCCUGACAGUGGUUACGCCGUUGUAUUUAUCGGAGAUCGGUACAGUAGCCUAA